GCGUGCACCGGCGAUCACUCACACUCUUCUUUACUGCUUGAUAGGGCGCAUGAAAGUCUGGAGACACUAACGAAGCGAGCCAGAUUAUACAACUCAAAUCCUGCCACGACACAACCGCAACAAAAUACACGCAAAAUGGUUCAAGAUGAAUUAAGUGCGACCGAUUAUCUGCACCAGCUUUUGCAGGACAAAAUGUCUGUGUCGAAAAUGCCGAAAAUAUUUCUUCAUACAGAAAGGUUGCUAGACGAAGAAAUAAACAGAGUUCGCACUGAAAUAUUUUGUCCUUCCAACUUUCUUAUGUCCCUGCCAAAGCAACAAGGGCAAGUUGUUAAAUUGACUGAAAAAGUUUAUGCCAAAGUCAAAGAUUAUCCUAAGUUCAACUUUGUUGGAAGGAUUAUUGGUCCAAGGGGUUUGACACUUCGGCAAGUAGAACAAGAAACAGGUGCAAAAUUGCUUGUAAGAGGUAGAGGGUCCAUGAAGGACAAAAAAGUAGAAGAUGAGAAACGUGGUCAACCUAACUUCGAACAUCUUGAUGAAGACCUUCAUGUCCUUCUUAUGGUGGAAGAUACAGAAGAACGUGCUAGGCUAAAACUACAAAAAGCUGUCGAGGAAGUUAAUUUCCUUCUCACUCCGCCAAAAGAUGGUGAGGAUGGUAUAAAGAAAAAACAACUUCAAGAUCUUGCAAUUUUAAAUGGAACUUAUCGGCCUCCUUGUGCAGGAGAGGUUCACAAUCAUAUUGCCACACCAUCACCACAAAAUGGAGUUUCUCCAACUGGUUUACUGAACUACCCACCAAGUCCUUCACCAAUAAUACCAAAUUCUUCAACAUUCACUAAUGCACUUCGAAACUCCACAGACACGCUGAAAGCACAGAUAGAAAGAGUGAGAAAAAUGUACCACCCAUACAAACAGUGACUAACUGAACAGAUUCUAAUUGAUCAUCCGAGUUGCUACUAAUUAUAAACUAAUUGACUGUAAACACGUGACCGACAAAAAUUAUGCCAUACAUACAGUGACUCAAUGGUGAACCGUUGGCAAUGGGGCUUGUUCUGCUGACAUACAUACAUGCACAAAAUAAUUUAGGCAGAGAUUAACGCAAUUUUAAGUCAAUCCAGUUCGGUUUAUUUUUAGACAAAUGUAAAUAUAUAUACUACAUACAAUAUGACUCUUUACAGCAUCAUGUGUGUUUAAACCAGUUUAUUUCUAAGAUUUACAUUUUGUAAGAUAUGCAUUUAAAGAGAGGCUGAAUCAUAAUGGUUGUGUCUUUGAGGUUUUUACAGUCAGCUACAGUUAUCAGCCCUUUUUUUCUAUUUUGUAAUUAUCGAAGUAUUGGCUGCUUUGUGCUACAUCCUUUUAUUUUGAAUCAUGGAGUAUUGUACUUCUGAAACACUUGGGUAAUCGUCAUUUUUGAUGCAGUGAUCUCCUCCCGAACUUAACGUGAUGCUGUAAAGAUGCGCUUUCAAUAUUUGAUUAUUCUCUUCUUCUAUAUUGUGCAUAUCGAAAUUUUUAUUACAGAUGUUAUAUACAGAUGAGCAAAUUCAUGAGAGUAUAUAUUAGAUAUAUAAUUAAUAAAUUGAUUUUUUUUCAUUAUUUUUUUGAAUAUCUAUUUUUUAAUCAAGAUUUAUUCAAGAGGCUGAUAUUGUAAUUUAUUAAAAUAACGAGUUAUAAUUUUCUUUGUUAUUUUUGCUAACCUCACCAUGUGUGUUCCUUUUUAUGAUAUGUUUAUCUUGUGCUGUGGUCACAGGUUAAAUUUUUAUUCUGAAAAAUUCGUUGCUAGUAAAAAGUUCCUAGCCUGAGAUGUAUAGUAAAAUUGCGUCAAAUAGUGCUUUAGAGGUGGUCUCGGUUAGCCAAUAUUCUAAUUAACCAAAUCUUUUAGCGAGUAGAGCUUUAACAAAAAGAAUGACAAUGUCCCACAUGUCGAGGGUGUUUAGAUAAAAUAGGACAAAAACAUUUUUAACGAUAUUUUCGAUAAAAUUAAAACCGGUAAAAUCUAAGUACUCUAAAUAAUAGGCUCUACAAUUUGUUAAAAAAUGUAAACUUUUUUUGUCUCUAUCUCGAAGGUUAUUGAAGUCGUCCCACCGAGGUUUUUGGUGAAAAAGUGGGAAAGUCUCAUGUUAACUUUAUGUAACUAAUCUAUUGACGUUCUGAGAACUAGUUUAUUUGCUUCUUGAUCGAAUGAAUAUUUUUUCAAAAGAUUUUUAUCAUUAAAAAAAGUCUGUUUAUUUAUUUUAUUUUUCUUUCUUUUAUGAUUGCAUUUUUACAGCGUAAGGUAAAAUAUUAAUUUUCACAGGA